AUGAUUUGCCCAGCAGGUGUUGGUGCUAAACCAAUAUUGGUUUAUCUUCUUUAUUCUUUUGGGGACAAUUUUUUGAUCAAAAUUUCUUUCUCAAAACAUGGGCUGCAUGAGGCGGAGGCAUCGGCCCUGCGUGAGAACAUCCAGAAGAAAGGUGAAAACGCAUAUUACUAUGCGCACAACCGGAAAUUCGAGGUCCCACCAGAUGCGAAAGUCAUUUCUGGUCCUGGGCUAGUGACUGGCGGACCACCAGUGAAACUGGAUAUCGAGGCCAACGGUAGCCCUGCCGAGAAGCGCGUGGAAGCCAUCCGAAGCUUUUCUUGGACGGACGAUGGUGGCAAAGUCAAGAUCUACUUGCAACUUCCCGAAGGAACUCUGCAAGAUGCGUCGCAAGUGACCUGCGAUUUUCAAGACAGAAGCUUCCACUUGCAGGUUGCCUGCGGCAACGCCUGGGCCUCGGAACCUCGAAAAAGUCCACCAACAACCAGGCCAUGUUGCGACUUUUGGAGAAUCCUGCGACUAAAAACACACACACAUAUUAUAUAUAGAGAGAGAUAUAUUUGGCUGAUGUUUUUUUAUAUUUUUGUUGGCCCGGCCCUGGCAAUGGGAUGA